GCAGUGACUUCCUUGACCACUAAAAGCAGUGUCCAUGGAACCGGUCCGUAAAUCGGCUAGGUUUAAUGGCCACUCAUUUUUAGUGGCCUAACAACUACGUUAUUAAAAAUUAGAAUUUAUGAAAACUUGUAAAUUUGUUUUACAUCUCAAUUGACUCAAUCAUAUAAAAAAUUGAACAGCCAAACUAGCCCAGAACUGGUACUGGAACUAUUGGUUCUGGAAUUGGGACAUCCGGCACCGAUAACGGUCACAUAUGGUGGCGGUAAUAGAACCAGCGGUUCCAGAACCGUACCAAAACGAAAGACUAAUAUCUUAAAAUUGAGGACUAAAUAUGAAAACUCACUAAUUAUUUUAAUCACCUUUUAUUAAAACGAUUCAAAAUUAGGACUUGUUCUCUUUACAUGAUAUGAUUGGAAUAAAGUUUGAUCUGAUUGUAGUUAUAUUUAAAGAUAUAUUUAAUCUGAUUUGGUUUGGUAUAAUCUGAUUAUAGUUAUACUAAAAGAUUUUUCUAAACUGAUAUGAUCCGAUUCUAAUACAAAUAAGUAAUAAGAUUAAGUUGAAGGUUACAAGCUCUCAGGGUCCGGUUAGUGGGCAUAGAGCUGUAGAAGAUAUAAGUUUUCAUAUCUCGUGAUAUCAAGUUUCUUUUUUGGGUUUGGUGUGAUAUACAAAUAAUUUAAAUUCGAUAUUAUCAGAUAUCACAAAUUUUCAAAAUAAAGAAUUUAGAUAUAUCUUCUGAAUUUGGGAGAUAUUUACGUAGAGAUUUGAUCUCUCUAAUCUAUAGAGUAUCCCUGCCAGACUGUCACCGACUAACACUAUAACCACUCACCCCAUAAUUAAAUCAUAAUUUUAAAUUUUCUCAAAAUACUUAUUUCAAGUUUCAAAACUCAAAUUAUUUUCGCUGGUUAUACAUCUCAAAAUCAAGGGAGAAAAUCAAAUUUUCAAGGCUUGCGUGGAAUGGCGCCCCUUCUGGGAGAAGACGAAGAUUCCGAAUAUAUUUUCCCCAAGAUUUCCCGUUCGCCAUGGCCUCAUCGUCCGCCGCCGCUCUUGAGAUUAUCGACGACGACGAUGAAUUUGACUGGGACGCAGCUCAAAUCUUCCCCGUCGGGAUUAUCAAUUCGAAAUCACGAGGACUGCACUAUAUUCCAAUACCUUAGUGGCAUUACCUACUGGGCUUGGAAAAACAUUCAUCGCUGCCGUUGUAAUGUAUAAUUAUUUUAAGUGGUUUCCAGAAGGAAAAAUAGUGUUUGCAGCUCCUUCUAAGCCCCUAGUUUUGCAACAGAUUGAAGCAUGCCAUAACAUUGUAGAUAUACCGCAGGAGUGUGCGAUUGAUCUUACUAGUCAAACAAGUCCUAUUAGAAGAGCUAGCUUUUGGAAAGAAAAAUGAGUUUUCUUUGUCACUCCACAAGUGCUGGAGAGGGACAUCCUUUCUGGUUAAUUUUACUUUAUGAUUUGUUUUCCUUUUAACAAUAGAUUCAUGAUAGUAUGUACUUGCAAUUAAAUGAAUCAAAAUUUGUGUUAGUCUUAGAAUGCCCUCAAUGGCAGGUUUAGAGAUUGUAGAAUAUAAUAAAAAAUUAUUAAGAGAGAAAGGAGGAGAGAGUAGAAUCCGGAGAUAGUGAUUGUGGAAACACAAGUAUGAUGGAGAAGGAAGUUCCAUAGAGAAGCUACCUAUAUGCUUUCUUUUGUUUUUUCAAUUUUUUUCACUGUUUUCCUUAUUAACAUUCAAUUAGGAUAUUUAAACCCCAAUUCCCAUUGGGGACUGUCUUACAGAGAGGUUUCUAAGCUUUAAUUUUUUAAAUGCUUUUAGACUUAAUGUUUGAACGAUGAUGCUAUGUUCUUAAAGUAAUACUGUAUUAGCUUCUUUUGUUUAUACCGUUCUCUUUAAGAUGGGAUGAUAGAUAAGGAAUGACAUAAGAACCUUCCUACUGGGAAGUAAGACCAU